GCUCCUAGAUCUUUCUACCCCUCCGUCGCAAGAAUUUCAACCCGACUUCCACGCUUCCGCUUGAUUAGCUCCGUGGGCUGCAAAAGGCGGCGCCUGUGCGGAGAUUCGCGGAUUUCUUGGUGCCAAGAAGAUGAACAAGGACAGGUCCCGGAUCUCGGCAGACGGCGGGGGCGACGGCCUGCCGCCGCGCCGCUCGGCGACUCCCCCGCCGGAGUACGACAUCAGCCGCAUGCCGGACUUCCCCACCAGGAACCCGGGCCACCGCCGCGCGCACUCCGAGAUCCUCAGCCUCCCCGACGACCUCGACCUCAGCGCACCCGGGGGCGGCGACGGGCCCUCGCUCUCGGAUGAGAACGACGACGAGCUCUUCUCCAUGUUCCUUGACGUGGACAAGCUCAACUCUUCCUGCGGGCCCUCGUCGGAGGCGGAGUCGUCGUCCGCCGCUGCCGCCGGAGGGACGGCCCACGGGGCGAGGCCCAAGCACCAGCACAGCCAGUCCAUGGACGAGUCGAUGUCGAUCAAGGCGGAGGAGCUGAUGGGGGCGCCCGGGAUGGAGGGGAUGUCCACUGUGGAGGCCAAGAAGGCGGUGUCCGCGGCCAAGCUGGCUGAGCUUGCUCUUGUCGACCCGAAGAGGGCGAAAAGGAUUUGGGCAAACAGGCAAUCCGCUGCAAGAUCGAAGGAAAGGAAAAUGCGCUAUAUUGGUGAACUUGAGCGCAAGGUGCAAACCCUGCAGACAGAAGCAACAACAUUGUCAGCCCAGUUGGCAUUGCUACAGAGAGAUACCAGCGGACUAACAAGUGAGAAUAGUGAAUUGAAGCUACGUCUGCAGACCAUGGAGCAGCAAGUCCACCUACAAGAUGCUCUAAAUGACACCCUGAAAACGGAGGUUCAGCGGCUGAAGGUCGCGACAGGCCAGAUGUCAAACGGUGGAGGGAUGUUGAUGAACUAUGGCGGAAUGUCACAGACGGCACACCAGUUUGGAGGCAACCAGCAGAUGUUCCACAACAACCAAUCCAUGCAGUCUCUGCUUGCGACGCACCAGCUGCAACAGCUCCAGCUCCAGCAACAUCCCCAGCAGCAGCAGCGCCCUCAACAGCACCACCAGCAGCAACUGCACCCAUUGCAAGCACAUCAAUUCCAGCAAGCGGCACGUGACCUCAAGAUGAAAGGGCCGAUGGGCGGCUCCCAGAGCAUGUGGGGUGAUGGCAAGUCAUCAGGAGGCAGCGGCAUGUGAAAUGAGUACCAUGGGUCUGAAAGUUUUUUGUGCGAGUGCUGAGCGUUGUGGGUAGAUGUGAUGAUGCUGUUCUAGUGUACCAGUUUUCAUCAUCUGUAGGUUCGAGUUGGCUUCAGGUUCAGUUAAACAGUUGGGAGGAUGAUCACAGGUGUAGACAGUGAGUGUUGGAAGGAGUUUGUUUAUCUGUAGUUGCUAGAGAUGUCUGGUUGAACCAUUCGUUUUUGGACGGGUAGAACAUCACCAAGGGUCUAGGAUGCCUUGUUGCAAUGCAUCCAGUUAUGGACUAGCUUUUAGCAGUAUAUUGUCGUUAACUAGAAUACUCAGUGACUGAUGGGUUUGGACUGUGCCGGUGGGCAUUUUAGAGGAGAAAUGAACAGAGUAAUUACAAGGUGUUUGAACUCAAGUCACCUUGACUACUA